UUGUUAACGGCAACUGCAGCAGCCAGCCAGGUCACCCCCUAAAGCAAAGUUAACACCUUGCAUGGUGCCUUGGUCAGCACCCACCAAAUUCGAGGAUUCUCCUAUCCUUCGACUCAAGGCUCUUUUGACAGAUGUGAUUUAUUUCCUCCUAGAGCCAGUCACAUUGGCUCAGCCACCCUAUCUUAAGAAAACAAAUAUUGUUUUAGCUGGAAACUGCCCACUGCCUAAGUGGCUUUUUAAAUGAAGAACUCAGGUUCACUAAGGCACGGCUUAGGCAAGGGCAUGUGCGAAGUUCGAGGCCUGAGACGUUUGGAGAAGCGGCCCCAGGCGCAGGCGCGUCCCGCAGUGGGGCCCGUGCCGCCUAGGCGAUCAGCCCCUUCAGUUAACUCGCUUCCCUCCUAGCAGGCCCGAGUCCCCUCGCCUCAGCCUCACGCAGCCAGAGCAAGGGGAAGAGGGAGUCCUUCGUGAGUUCGCCGCUCACUUUCGGCGGUGGGAAACCGAUCCGAAGACCCUUUUGUAGGUGAAACGCUCAGCUCGCGCGGCUCUGAACCACUGGGGAGCAGCGGCGGCGGCGAGCCGGACUGCGCCACACCUCCUCGUCCCGCCCCGGGGCGGCUCGGGCCGCCUGCGCGUGCGCGGUGCCAGGGGCGGGGCCUGCUCGCGUCUCGGUUGCCUGGAUACCGAGAGCGUCCGUAGUGGCCGCCGGCGCUGGCGAACUGCAGGGUCUGGGGUGUUAUUGGAGGGGCAGUUGGUCCUCAUUUCUCCCGAAGCCCGCGGAGGAGCGGCGCGCCGCGAUUCCCCAGCCUGGUCCCUUCUGCGGAGAGCGAUGCCGCUUCCCGACACCAUGUUCUGCGCUCAGCAGAUCCACAUUCCCCCGGAGCUGCCGGACAUCCUGAAGCAGUUCACCAAGGCUGCCAUCCGCACCCAGCCGGCCGACGUGCUGCAGUGGUCCGCGGGAUAUUUUUCAGCUUUGUCAAGAGGAGAUCCACUUCCUGUAAAGGACAGAAUGGAAAUGCCCACGGCAACCCAGAAAACAGACACAGGCCUGACUCAAGGACUCCUGAAAAUUUUGCACAAGCAGUGUCACCACAAGCAGUAUGUGGAAUUAACAGAUCUGGAGCAGAAGUGGAAGAACUUGUGCCUGCCGAAGGAAAAAUUCAAAGCGCUCUUACAACUGGAUCCUUGUGAAAACAGAAUCAAGUGGAUAAACUUUUUAGCACUUGGGUGCAGCAUGCUUGGUGGGUCCUUGAACACUGCGCUGAAGCACCUGUGUGAGAUCCUCACGGACGAUCCGGAGGGCGGGCCCGCUCGCAUCCCCUUCAAGACGUUUUCCUACGUCUACCGCUACUUGGCCAAAUUAGACUCAGACGUGUCUUCCUCGGAGACGGAAUCCUACCUUGCCUCUCUAAAGGAAAAUAUGUAAGUAUGCACACAUUCUAGGAUUCAGGUAUGUUGACCAUGGGAGAAUUUCCUGUUUCACUUCCCCCUUGUAGG